AUGUUUGAUACCAUUCACGUUGUGGCCACGGUUUGCCUCGUCUGGUCCGUGGUCGUCGUCUUCGUCCAAAUCGUCGGCAUCAGCGCCAUAUUCAAUCGCUUCUCGCGCCGAGCUCGCCCAUCCAGAUCCUCCGGCCUUGGCGCCGAUGCGCCGAGCGUCACUAUUAUUCGGCCGGUCAAGGGCCUGGAGCCCUGUCUAUACGAAUGCAUCGCCUCGACCUUUCGCCAAAACUAUCCCCAGGACAAAAUCUCGAUUCGGCUCUGCGUAGAAGACAUCAACGAUCCGUCAUACCCGGUCCUCCAGCAGCUGAUCCGCGACUUUCCCUCCCACGAUGCGCAAAUCCUAGUCGAGAACCAAGACCCGGUCCUGCACGGCCCCGACGGCCGCGUCAACACCCUGGGACCGAACCCGAAGAUACGAAAUAUCAGCAGGGCCUAUCGCGAGGCUCCAGGCGAGGUCAUAUGGAUCAUCGACUGCAAUGUCUGGGUUGCCAAGGGCGUCCUGGGGCGCAUGGUGGACAAGCUCAUGGGCUACUCCAGAGCCGGUGAAUCAGCACAGCCUUACAAAUUCGUCCAUCAGCUGCCCAUUGUCGUCGAUGUCGUCGAUUACCAGCAAGAUUCCUCCGCCGAAAGCCAAAACUUCCUUGGAACCGCCGCCGAGACAUCCUCUCCGACCAACGAGACACUAUGGCAGCGAAUAUCCAAGAACGGCGGUGGCCGCCUCGACGAAAUGUUCAUGGCCACCACUCACGUCAAGUUCUACGGCGCCAUCAACAUCGUUGGAGUCGCCCCGUGCAUUGUCGGCAAGAGCAACAUGUUCCGCAAAGCUCACUUGGACCAAGUCACCGAUCCCGCCCGGAACCCCAUUCUCCCAAAAGAUUUCGAACGCCCACGCGGCGUUGACUACUUCUCGCAUAACAUCUGCGAGGACCAUCUGAUAGGCGACCUCCUCUGGCGCUCCAACAUUCCCGGCUAUGCAAACCACGGCAUCGCUUGGAGUGACUUGGUUUUACAGCCGAUGGCGGGCAUGUCCGUGUCUGCAUACGCUGCUCGGCGAGUACGUUGGCUGCGAGCUCGAAAAUUCACGGUGCUGGCUGCUACUCUGGUCGAACCCGGCGUUGAAUCAUUACUAUGCUGCGCUUACUUUGCUUUUGCCGUUACUACCCUGCCCUGGUUCAAAGAUUCUAUCCCGCAGACAUGGUCGGCCAUGGCGAUAAUUUGGCUCAUCUCCAUCACCGCUUGGAUGACCAUAGACUGGUUCACAUUCAGACUCUUACACACAGGCCGCACCAUUGAAACCGACGAAAACACUCCACAAUUCGCGUUUGGCUCAUCCAGCCCGCGAGGCCUCCCCAGGCGCCGUUUCCUAGAAUGGCUGCCGGCGUGGAUUGGAAGAGAAUUCAUGGCUCUGCCAAUCUGGACCUUGGCAGUGCUGCUUGGCACGACAGUGAGCUGGCGAGGGAAAGUGUUCCGCGUCCGGUUGGAUACAACCGUCGAAGAACUGCCGAGCGGAACGCCAAGAAGAACAACGCGGACGCCAGAGCUGGAGAAGGCUAGGCAAAGGAGUAAAGAUAGACUGGAUUGA